AUGCCGGGCGCCGCCGCCCCGCUCGCCCGCCCGCAGCGCCGCGCCCGCGCCGCGCCCCAGGAGCGGCGGCGGAGGGUGGCCCCGCUGGCCGCGGCCCCGCCGGCCCGGGAGGGGGACGAGCCGCUCCUCAGGGGCAUCUUCGAGAUCGGCAAGAGGAGCUGCGACGUGGUUCUGAGCGCCCGGCGGCUCCGCUGGAGCCCCAUCCUGCCCGAGAGCCCCACAGGUGAUUCCAGUGUGGCUUUACAGGCUCAAGAGGAGAUUAUCGAAAUGAAAGAUGUAUUUUCAGUAAAACUGAAACGUCGUCGCUUUGCAGGGCAGAAAAAAGGUGGUACUUUGCUGGGUAUCACAAUUUUUAAAUGCUUGAAUAAAGAAGAGAAUAAGCUUACAGACUGUGCUAUCCAUUUAAAUAACUUAAGUGAAGAUCAUUGUCAGUCAUGGUUUAGACAUCUGAAAGAAAUUUUAAAUGGUUUUCAAAACAGACCUAAAUCUUUGAAAGUGUUUGUUAAUCCGAGCAGCCACAAAAGAGAAGCCACUAACAUUUAUUAUGAAAAAGUUGCACCUCUUUUUAAACUUGCUGACAUAAAAACUGAUGUCACAGUAACUGAAUAUGAAGGACAUGCUCUCUCAGUGCUUAAAGAAUGUGAACUGCAGGCAUUUGAUGGGGUAGUUUGUGUUGGUGGGGAUGGAUCUGUCAGUGAAGUUGCUCAUGGUCUACUGCUCAGAGCCCAGAUAGAUGCUGGGAUAGACACAGAAUAUGUAUCAAAGCCUGUCAGAGCACCGGUUCCUCUUGGAGUAAUACCAGCAGGUACUACAAAUAUUUUGGCCCAUACACUCUAUGGUAUUAAACAUGCAGUGACAGCGACAUUGCACAUUGUAAUGGGACACAUUCAAGCAGUAGAUGUGUGCACUUUCAGCACUCCAAGCAAGCUGCUGCGCUUCGGGUUCUCGGCCAUGUUUGGGUUUGGGGCGAGGACGCUGGCUUUGGCAGAGAAGCACCGCUGGAUGCCCUCCAGCCAGAGGAAGGACUUUGCUUUCAUCAAAACCCUGGCAGAUCUCAAGCCGGAGGAAUGUGAAUUAUCGUUUCUCCCUCUACAAAUUGAGGAAGACACUCAUGAAAAGGACAGAAAGAAGAAAGGGAGAAUGGGAAAAGGUAGCAAGGAUCAAUUGCAGAAAAUUCAGGGUCACUUCCUGAAUGUGAGCAUUAUGGCAAUCCCUUGUCUGUGUUCAAUGGCACCAAGAGGCUUGGCACCUAAUACGAGGUUGAACAAUGGAAGCAUGGCUCUUAUUGUUGUACAAAAUACUUCUCGAACAGAGUUUAUAAAGCAUCUGAAGAGAUACAGCAGUGCAAAAAAUCAGUUCAAUUUUCCCUUUGUUGAGACCUACACUGUUCGAGAAGUAAAAGUACAACCAAGGUUUAAAAGUGGACCUGAUGCCAAGGAAAAUAUGUGUCUGAAUGUAGAAGGAAACUACCCUUGGAAUAUAGAUGGAGACCUAAUGAAAGAAGCAUCAGAAGUUCAUGUUCGGGUGCAUCCUCAACUUAUUGAUCUUUAUGGAGUGAACACUGAUGACCUUGAGACUUCUCAAGUGACAUGCAACUGCAUAUAGAAGGGACACAUUGGAAAUUCUGUAAUAUAGAAUCCUGUUCUCACCCCUAUGCACAACUUUCCAAGGUCUGGACUUGUACUGAUGUCAGUUGUAGUAGAAGCUUAAAAUUGGUAAGGGUUAGGAUUUGUUCUAAUUUUAGGUUUAAAUUGAUAUUAAAUUAUAUAUUUUAUCAGGGCAGAAUCAUACCUCUACUCACCAGCUCUAGCUAAAGAAUAAAAAAAUAAAAAUGACAAAAUAAAAAUGUAUGCAUUUAUUUUUUUAAUAAAGUACUUCUAUUUCUAGUUAUGAUUUUUAAUGUUGCCUUAAUAUAUUUGCUCUCAAAAUGUUUCUAGUCAAAUAAUAGAAAUGAAUAUGUUGAUGUGCUGUUUGGCUUUCCUUUGUUAAAAUGUAUUUUAAAAACUGCUCUUUGUAUAAAAUUAAUAUUUUCUCUGUCUUAAAACUGAAACAUUAUUCAGCAUAGUUUUUGUUGUUGCUGAGAAUAAAGUUGUGAUAAAUAA